AUGUUUUUGACCGACUCGCACAUCCAUUUGAAGGCACUUCCAAUUUCGGCCGAUGUAUCUAAAGCACUUUUGGUUUCAAUUGAUCGCUCAGAAUGGGAUAUGGUGUGUGAUUUUGCUAAAAAGAGUCCUUCAUGCAUAAUCCCGGCAUUUGGCACACAUCCCUGGUUCGUUUCAAAAGUCUCCCAGCGAGAAGAAUAUUUAAAGCAACUUUGGUUUUAUGUUCAGUCCUUCCCUAAUUCUUUGCUUGGAGAAAUAGGUCUAGAUUCUAGUAAAAGGCAUUUGAAUUCCUUUGCACUACAAGAAGAACUAUUUUUUGACCAAUUUAAACUUGCAAAUCAAUUAAGAAGGCCUAUUUCGCUACAUGUCGUUGGAGAAGUAUCCGUUUCUUCACUCUGCCAAUUUUUGAGAGCAUUUCCUCUUUGUAGACCCCCUUCGAUUUCUCUGCAUUCCUUUACAGGCUCCCUGACCCAGCUUCGCCAGCUGCGAAAUGCCUUUGGGGAAGAUACCAAUGUAUUUCUUGGCGUUUCUCAAAGGCUGUCAGGAAGACUUCCACUGGCGAAGCUGCAUCGACUUAUUUUGGAAAUGCCAGAUAACAGGAUAUUAAUAGAAUCUGACGACGAAGCGUGCAAUCAAACUUACAUUAGUGACCUUGAAUCUGUUGCCGGAAUACUGUCAAAUUGUAAAAAUUGGGACUUGGCACAGUCAAUCAUUAACACGCACAACAACUUUUUGGAAUUUGCUUUGUGUCCACAAUAG